AAGAACACUAAAAUUAUACUCCUUUCCUUCCUACAUUUUGAAUUUUUGAUGUCUACUUUUAAAUCUAUAUUAUCUAUUAUUUUUAGUGGAAUUAUUAUUCUUAAUUCUUUUGCUUGUUAUUCUUCAUACUAAACAUAUGGAUUGUGGAUGUCCUUGUUUACAAUAUGGGAGCAUUCUGAAUUUGUGUAUUUAGUGACUUGUACCAGUGAGUUUUCCACAUUCUAAUAUUUUUUCUUACUCAUUAGCAUCUCUUUCUUCCAGUUUAAAAAACUUCCUUUCUUGUAGGACAGAUCUAUAAGACAAUAACCUCUCUCACCUCUUGUUUUUCAGAGAAUAACAUUAUCUGUCCUCCAUAACAGAAUGAUAACUUUGCUAGAUCCAAUAUCCCUGGUCAGCAGGUUCUCCAAGAACAUUGUGAGAAUCACAUCUCUUUUCGUGCCAUCUGUAAAUCCUGCCCUAUCACUCUAGAAGUGAACUGGGACAGUCUGGUGUGUCAUUCACUUCCUUUCUCUUGCAAUGUUGAGACUCAUCUUUUCCCUGGAGACAAAUUUGAUUUUAAUACAUCCCGGGAUGGACUUGGUUGAAUCAAAUCUAAUUGGUGACCCCAUGCCUUCCUGUCACUUGGAUCACUGUACCUUUCUGCAGACUUCAGGAUGGUUCUGUAUUAUCUAGUUGUGUGUACUGACUACCAAUUUAAUAUUCUCAGUUCCUCUUGACCCACAAUAAUGUAGAUAUGUUUGUUUGUUUUUAUUGUUUGAAGGUAGAGAGAUCUUUUAUCAGCUGGUCCACUCUGCAGAUGCCCACACAGCUGGAGCUGAGACAAGUGAAAGCCAGGAGCCCAGAGCUCAAUCCAGCUCUCUGCUAUGGCCUGGGAAAGCAGUAGAAGAUGGGGCAAAUCCUUGAGCCCCAGCACCUGCAUGGGAGACCUGGAAGAAGUUCCUGAUUCAUGGCUUCGGAUCGGCACAGCCCCACCAUUGCAACCAUUUGUCCUGUUCCUGGUGCUGAGCCAGAUGCCAAGUACCACGCCACCAAUGCCAAAAUGGCAAUCACUGCUGGAGCCCAAGACCCAUGCUUCCGGUCCUGAAGUGGACUCACUUCCAUCAUCCAUCAGUGAUGCUGUUUGGAAUAACACUCUGCUGGGCAGCCUUGUGGUCUUCGCCAGCCUCUUGGUGUUGUGCAACACGCAGUGCUAUGUCGAACUCUAUGACAAGAACCCGGAGGAUCCCCCUGAUGAAUGCAGGGACCUUGAUGGAGUCACACACAAGCUGAACGUGGAGUGGAAGACUGAGAACUGUUACACAUGUAGUUGUGAUGAGACUGGAAUUCAUUGCUGCAACACUGCUGCCAUCCCCGGAGGUUUUGAUACCACAAAGUGCAAGACGAUCUUCCACAAGAACACUUGCAGCUACUCCGUGGUGGAGCUGGAGAACCCGGACAAGGAAUGUCCAGUCAGCUCGUGGAUCCUGUGAAGAGCUAGCGGCCCCAGGUCCUCCCGCGGGCCCGGACAGCCCGAUGUACAGCCCUGCUUAUCAGUAAAGCAUGUGUGGAGCAAUCACUCGGCUGUGUAUGCAUUGAUUGCGCAUUUUAAAGCAUGUGAACUGAAGAGAAGAAAAGUGGAAUAAAGGUUAUGCCCAUGUGCCCGCACCCAGCGUCCCCCGUCCCAGCGCCGGGCCACCCCUGUGGUUUCUGCCUGCGGCCUGCUCUCUGCUGGGCAAUGAACACAGUCUAUGAGUCUUUGGGAUGAGAUGGAUCCUUUCCCUGUUUGGGGGUGUUUGUGUUUAUCCUCCCUUCCCCUUCAUGGGCGAGGGGCCUCUCUCUCUGCUGUGGCUCCCCACGAGCUGCUGUGUUUGCCUGAGGAUAGAACAGGUCAGAGCAAGGCAGCCGGGAGAAGUGUCCAAGUCCUGGUACAGCACAGGGUUAAAGAGGCCAAGGCUGAGAGGGCGUGGCCUGAGGGAGCCAGGGCUGAUGGGUUGUGGCCUGGGGAAGCCUGGGCUGAGGACCUGGCCUGGGGCAGCCAGGGCUGAAGGGGUGUGGCCUAGGAGCAGCUGGGGCUGAGGGGCAUGGCCUGAGGAGUGAGGGCUGAAGGGCGUGGCCUGGGGCAGCCAGCUCCCCUCCCAGACCACUGAAAACAGUGACUUAAAAAUGCACUGUCAACUUCUGUUCAGCUGGGCCAGGCAGUGAAGGGGCACUGGCUGGGUAUACGUGACAGGUCACCAACAAGCCACUGGCCAUCGGCCUCACAGCGUGUGGGCAGCUGAUAAAGAGCAUUCUCUCCCCUCUGGCCCGGCCCCAUCUAUGCAAACAGGCCACGUGGACGCGCUGAGCAGUGCAGCCGGGCCCCUCGGCGUCUUUGUCCACUCUAGAUCGUGACUUCAGUUAUGUCCAAGCCUUCCUGCAAACUCCGCGCCUGCGUCACGGGCAUAGCCGUGGGCUUCUGGAACAUUCCCCUACUGAGCCCCUCUCCACAGCUCACCUUCUGUAUCCCUGCCGGUGCCUCCGCCACUUUCUACUCGGGCUGCCUUGCCCCUUGUUGAGUGGGACCCAUAAGACCCCCUUUGGGGGCCGUCAUUGUGGUGUGCCGGUUCGAGUCCCAGCUGCCCCACUUCCUAUCCAGCUCUCUGCUAUGUCCUGGGGAAGCAGUAGAAAAUGAUCCAAGUCCAUGGGCCCCUGCACCCACUAGGGGGACCCAGAAGCUCCAGGCUCCUGGCUUCAUCCUGGCUCAGCCUUAGCCAUUGAAGCCAUUUGGGUAGUGAACCCGCAGGUGGUGGACCUCUCUCUCUCUCUCUCUCUCUCUGUAACUCUGCCUUUCAAAUAAAUGAAUUAAUUGUUUUAAAGCUCCUAUUACGAUAUUCCACUUGGCUGGGAAAAGUGGAAGCAGUUGUCAGUGAGUGUGGAGCCCCCUCAGGCAUCUGGCUACAAACACACUCAGAAUCCCAACGUGGUAACGCGACCCUGGGAAGCUGGUGUGAGGAGGCACCACAGGGCAGGCAGGGUGUGCAAGAUGGCCCUUAGGGAGCAGCUAAGUGUGCCUUGGGAGUGGUUCCAGGGAGUUGGAAUCUGGGUUGACAUUAGCUAUUUACCCUAUGCCCUUAUAACAAUGGGAAGAGGUUUCACUUGAGUCUUUCCAGGGAUCGCUCCUCAGUCUGUGUGUAUACCGGCCCGAAAUGUCAAACCCUGGACCCCAGUCUCCAAAGGCCGACCCUCUAACAGCCAACCUGAGCACCUUUCCCUAAACAAGCCACCCAUGAAGAGACAAGGAAGAGGCCUGCCUCCUCCCAACAUCGGGUGACAUGGAGGACCUCAAGGGUCUGGUGGACCAAGCCCAACACCUGUCCCUGACCCCUAGUCCAAUGGGCCCGCUGCUGGUGGUGCUGAUCUGUGCAGCCCUGAUGUUAAACUCAGGCCGCCGGUUACCAGGCUGGGUUCCAGGAUGGGCCCAGUGAUUUGGCUUUCUGUCCGGGCACACAGUAACUGGACUGGACCCUGGGACCAGCCCUUCAAGGAUGCAGUCAGGCAGCUGGUAGAGCAGACUAAGAGGACCCUUCGACUGAUCAUCGCUCUGUUAUACCCAUUGUCGCUGCGGUAGCUGGUGCGGCUGUCGCCAUCGUUUCCCUCGUCCAAAGUGUUCAAACAGCUGACUGGUGAACAACGUCACUCAGCUAACGGCCACUCCCCUGUUUACCCAAAACCAAGCCACCAGUCAGAUCAAAACAGCGAUCCUGGCCUUGGAACAGGGGUUGGAUUCACAUCAGAAACAGAUUGAACUGCUUUGGCAGACCAUGCACCCCCAGUGUGACGUUGGCUUCACAGAUGGUUCUGUCGCCAGCGUGCCUGUCUUAGACUGGGAAACUUGGUCUCAUACCUUGUCAGCCUGUAUUGGGGCUCUUGGAUGGGCAGUUUUCUCAGGCGCUCUUCAGUUUAACCCAACAAAUUCUAAAGCUUGACGCUACCCACAUUUCUGCCCUGGUAGUCACCACCUUUACAUAGGGCCUGGGUGAUAACUGGUGGGGACCCGUGAAGUUUUGCUUACAUCCCAACAUGUCGAUUAUUGCAGAAGGGGGCAAUAAAAAAAGUCUCAA